UCCACGGCGGACAAAUUAUGGGGGACAGCAAUUAGCGGAACGAGUCUUGCCAAAUUGCUUGCCAGGUUGAAUAUCGAUUGCCGGCAACUCUCCGAUGUGGAAGGUUCUGAGCCCGCAGGUGGAUCAGGAUUCAAAAGACCAACAGCGGUGCUUGACAAGCUCGUGGACAUAAUUCUGGAUCCGAAACCCAGUUCCAUCGACUCCGAAGACAUCAAGCCCAUCAUAAAAUCCGGAAAUAAGCCGGAACACUGGAUCCCCGAUGCCAGCAAGUGGCAAAAGAUGGAACGAAAGGCAGCCAGACUCGCGAGCCUCAUCCCGGUUCCGAAUAAUGAAGAGUUGGAGAUCGAAGAUGUGAGCAUUUGAGAUUGUGGUCGCACGCAUUCCCGUCAUUCCCCCUCCUCACAAAUUUUCUUUAGCGUUUUACUUCCCUUUCUUCGUUUAGUUCUCAUCCAUGAAUAAUAAACACUGGAAUGCUGAUAUA